AUGCCCGCCCAAAAAAAACCGGCAGCGGACUGCCUUUCCGACAAUGCAUUGCAGCACUUCAAGACGUAUAAAUAUUCCUCGGUCGACAAGUCGCCGAUAUCGUACUACAUCCUCAGGCACUAUUGGAACGCAUGCGUCGAGUUUCUCCCGCUAUGGCUACAUCCCAACAUGGUCACCCUUCUCGGCUUCCUCUUCAUCCUCGCCAACGUUGGCUUGAUGGAAAUCAAAGACCCCGAUCUGCUUGGCCCCAAAGAAACCUGGGUCUACUACAGCUACGCUUUCGGCGUCUGGGCUUACUCCACCCUCGACAACAUUGACGGCAAGCAAGCACGACGGACGGGGAUGUCUUCUGGUCUUGGCGAGCUUUUCGACCACGGCAUCGACUCGUUGAAUUGCCUGCUCGCGUCUAUCCUGCAAACCUCGGCGGUGGGACUGGGCUCGACGCCACUCGGCGCUUUCACCGCUGCCGUCCCUACCAUCCCCAUGUUCUUCUCCACCUGGGAGACGUAUCACACUCACACCCUCUACUUGGGCUACUUCAACGGGCCGACCGAGGGCUUGAUCGGAGCCUCGCUACUCAUGUGGUCCUCGGGGUAUUUCGGGAACGAGACGUGGCGCCGGCCAUUGGCGGAUCUGUUUGGGUUCAGAAGCAUCCUCGGCGACACGAGUAUCAUCGACGUGUGGGUGCCGGUGCUCCUGCUCCUUCUGGCCGUAGGCCACAUCCCAGCUUGCAUGUACAACGUCCUGCAGGCACGCAGGGCCAAGAACCUACCAUUCCUCCCCGUCCUGCUCGAAUGGACGCCCAUGCUGGUAUUCUGCGGCGGUCUGACCGCUUGGCUUGGCUCUCCAUACUCGAAUCUCCUCCGAGACAACCAUCUCUGCCUACUAUGUCUCACGCUCUCCUUCGUCUUUGGGCGCAUGACGACGAAGAUCAUCCUGGCGCACCUCACUCGCCAACCCUUCCCGUACUGGACGGGCCUCUUACUUCCACUCAUCGGUGGAGCGGCGCUGGUCAAUCUGCCCUAUCUUGGAUUCGACCCGGUAUCCGCGACCUUGGAGCACUACUACCUCUGGGCCUACUUUCUCAUCGCCAUGAUCGUUUACUUCCGCUGGGCGUACCUGGUCAUCAAUGGCAUCUGCGACUAUCUCGGCAUUCCGUGUCUUACGAUUCCGGAGGAGCGAUGGCGGGCAUUGGAGAGGGAGAGACGAGGCGAGGUCAAUGGUGCUGCUCUGAAUGGCAAGAAGAUACGAUGA